AGCGCCGGCCAGCGCGCCUCGGCGGCCAUGCGGCGGGACCGGCGCGGCCGCUUCCUGUCGCCGGGGCCCGCGGGGGCGCGCGGCGGCGGCCGGGCCCGGGGACGCCCCUCCCGCGGCGUGGAGCGGGCGCGCGAGGACGGCGCCGAGGAGCCAGGAGCAGGCCGGGCUCCGGCCAUGGGGCACUGUCGCCUCUGUCACGGGCGGUUCUCCUCGCGGAGUCUCCGCAGCAUCUCUGGCUGUGUCCCCGGGGACGGCUCCGAGAAACCAGCCCCCCGAGAGCGCGUUUUCGUCAGAGACUUUCAGUGUCUGCUGGGGGUGACCGUGCACCAGGAUGCAGCCCUGUCUCCGUUCGUCUGCAAGAACUGCCUGAGCCAGUUCUACCACUGCCACGGCCUCCUCACGUCCUUCCUGCAGAGGGUGAACGCCUCCCCAGCCGCCCUCCGCCAGCCCCGUGCCCAGGCCAGUGCCCAGCCCCUGACAGGGCCAGAGGAGGCAGCGUGCAUGGCCGACCACAUGAGCCCAAGCACCCAGGGCCUGCGUGGCUUGGUGGGGUGGGUGCAUGGACACGCAGCUGGCUGUGGGGCCCUGCCCAGCCUCCAGCAGACGCUUUCCUCUGGAUACCGCGGCGUCCUCCAGGCUGUGUGGGGCUGUGCCCAGGGCCAUCGCUACACCAUGGACACCGACGCCAGCUGUGGGGCUCUCCUGCUGGACAACUCACCGGCCAUCAAGUGGGCGUGGGACAAGGAGCUAGCCUCCCAGCCCACCCAGCAUCAGGGGACCAACCCUACUGGGGCCACUCCUCAGCCCUCCCCAGGCCGACCAACCCUGGCUGCCAGGGUUACUGAGACGGAGACCCAGCCCAGGACGGACACGGCCCAGCUGCCUUCCGAUGGCAACCCAAUGGGGCCUGGACCAGGUCCCCCACCUCCGCCGAACCUUCCCUUGAGAGGGAACUCAGGGCAGUUGGGGGAGAAGCAGGCUCCACCUUCAGCCUCGGAUGAUCGGGUAAAAGACGAGUUCAGUGACCUUUCUGAGGGAGGCUUCCCGAGCGAGGAUGAGAAUGACAGGAAGCACGUGCCAUCCUCAGACGAGUCCUUUGAGCCUUACCCAGAAAAGAGGCUCUCUGCUAAGAAGAGCGAAAGCAAAGAUGCCAAGAAACCCGAAGAACCAAAAAUCCGGAAGAAGCCUGGCCCCAAGCCAGGCUGGAAGAGCAAGCUGCGCUGUGAGAGGGAGGAGCUGCCCACCAUCUACAAGUGCCCACACCAGGGUUGCACUGCCGUGUACCGCGGGGCCGACGGCAUGAAGAAGCACAUCAAGGAGUAUCACGAGGAGGUCCGUGAGCGGCCCUGCCCCUACCCCGGCUGCAACAAGGUCUUCAUGAUCGACCGAUACCUGCAGCGCCACCUGAAACUCAUCCACACAGAGGUGCGGAACUACAUCUGCGACGAGUGCGGACAGACCUUCAAGCAGCGCAAACACCUGCUCGUCCACCAGAUGCGCCACUCGGGAGCCAAGCCCCUGCAGUGUGAGGUCUGCGGGUUCCAGUGCCGGCAGCGGGCGUCCCUCAAGUACCACAUGACCAAGCACAAGGCGGAGACAGAGCUGGACUUCGCCUGUGACCAGUGUGGCCGGAGGUUCGAGAAGGCUCACAACCUCAACGUGCACAUGUCCAUGGUCCACCCACUGACACAGGCUCAGGACAAGGCCCCGCCCGGGCCCGGAGCUGUGAAGCCGGAGCCAACCUGACCUCCGGAGGCCACACUGGCUCCCCCGGUGGCGCCUCUUCCUGGGACCAGCAGUCUCUCUUCCUGUAAACCUGAGUGACCGGCCAGGCGUGUCUGAUUCCCCUUCUCCCUAGAGCAAUCCAGGACUUUUGUAAUCAUUUUAGUGCAACAACAGCUCAACGUUUCACUUGUAA